AAGAAACCCGGAUAUCUAUUCAUCGUUUAUCAACUGUGAACUUAAGGGGCUUGUCUUUUGUACCAACCGUAUUAGACACAUUGUAUUCCUAUAAUACAUAUUAGUGUGAUUACGAGCGAGAUUAUACAUAGUUUACCACUUAUUACUUUAAAAUUUUUUGAUUCGAAACUUUGUAUCUGAUUCUUCAAAAAUGGAUGAUCCUAUUGUAACAAUGAGAAUGCAAUAUAUUGAAGACCUUGAAGAUAUUUUACAGUGCCCAGUUUGUUGGGAAAUUCCUGAUGCUUCAAAAGCUAUAAUCACUUGCGCUUGUGGGCAUCAUAUGUGCUCUAAUUGUAAAACUACGAAGAAUAUAAAUGCCUGUCCCACUUGUCAGAGUGCUUUUAAUGGAUCGAGAAAUUUUCUUGCCGAAAAUUUAUCAUCAAAAUUUAAUGAUAUCAAGGAAUCGCUCAUAGAUCCUAAUCAUUACACUAAUAGAAGAAUUGUAAAAAAAAGCGCAUAUUGUCAAACUAAUAUCGAAAAGUCGUCGAUAGAAACUCAGACAUUUAUUAAUAAUGCCUCUGUGAAUACGCAAACUGAAGAAGUAACAGAAAAUAAUGAAACAGAAAAUUUAAUACAGGUUGAAGAAUUGAUCAAUGGAUUGUAUCAAAAUACUUGGAUUUUUUCUUACAACAAAAUGAAAACUUACAAGUACGAUAUUAAUAUAUCGAAUGUAGGAUAUUUUUUAUUCAAUCUUUUUAUUGAUGAAAAAGGGGACUUGGAAGUAAACAUCGCCAGUCUUAAAACUAUUAAAGGACCGAAGAUGUAUUAUGUAAUAAUUUUAUCACACGAAUUGAAUGGUCUAGUUUCUCGUGUUUUUAAAGGAAUUGUAUCUAGUGUGGAAAUCAUGCAAACUCAACAUUCAAAUCGUAAUUUAAUUAAAUCAAAAUACCUUUUGAAUCUUCCACAUGAAGAGAAAAAUCUUUUUAAAUGUACUUUAAAUUUAUAUCGACCCGAUAUUGAAUAAUUAAUAAAAUCUUAAGAGAGAAACGAUGCUCCAGAGCUUCAGAAAAAAAUCUUUGAAAAUUUGAAAAAUUCGUUUCCAGCGAUAGAAUUCGAUAACCGUUCUGAAAUUUUUUUGCCAUGUAAUAUAUUUGAUGGUAGCUACGAAUAAAAUGCCUCUUAAAAGUGUCUCUAUAAA